CAAGAAUCAGGGUAACAAGGCUUUUGCUGCGCACGACUGGCAAACAGCCAUCGACUUUUACACCAAGGCCAUAGAACUCAACGACAAGGAGCCAACCUACUGGUCGAACAGAGCUCAGGCGUAUCUGAAGACGGAGGCAUACGGCUAUGCUAUACGGGAUGCUACGAAAGCUAUCGAGCUUAACCCAGGCUUCGUAAAGGUGCGCAAAUGACGUCCACAUCGGUCCGAGUCGCUGCCCAAGGCUGACGGUUCUCCGACAUGCAGGCCUAUUACCGCCGCGCCACAGCAUAUGCCGCCAUACUGAAGCCCAAGGAUGCAGUCAAAGACUUUAAGACGUGCGUCAAGAUCGACCCGAGCAAUAAGGAUGCCAAGCUCAAGCUGGUUGAGUGCGAAAAGAUUGUGCGCCAGCUCGCCUUCUUCGCCGCCAUCGAAGUUGGGGAAGAGCCGUCGGCAGCCGAGGGGCUCGAUGUGGAUUCGAUGGUCGUGGAAGCCGCGUAUGACGGCGUACGGCUAGAAGGGAAAAUGACGCAAGAAUUCAUUGACGAUAUGAUGGAAAGGUUCAAAAACGGCAAGACAAUACACAAGAAAUACGUUUACCAAAUCAUCCUAGCGGUCAAGAAGCUCGUGUACGACGAGCCGACGAUGGUCGAGGUAGACAUCCCGGAAGGCGUCGAGCUCACCGUUUGCGGCGACACCCACGGUCAAUAUUUUGACUUGAUGGAGCUGUUCAGGUUAAACGGCACCCCUAGCGACAAACACUGGUACUUGUUCAAUGGAGACUUUGUGGACAGGGGUUCUUGGUCGACCGAAAUUGCGCUUCUGCUGUAUGCCAACAAGUGGUUGAGGCCGAAAUGCUUCUUCAUCAACCGCGGCAAUCAUGAGACAGAUGACAUGAACCGGGUGUAUGGCUUCGAGGGCGAGUGCAAGGCGAAGUAUAACGAGCGCGUCUUCAAGCUUUUCUCGGAGAGCUUCUCCGCCCUGCCGUUGGCGACCUUGGUCGGCAAGAAGUACUUUGUAUUACACGGCGGUCUCUUCUCAGACGACAACGUAACACUGGACGAUAUCCGAAAACUGGACAGACACAAGCAACGGCAGCCUGGUCAAUCCGGCUUGAUGAUGGAAAUGCUGUGGACAGAUCCUCAGACUGAGCCCGGCAGAGGCCCCAGCAAGCGCGGUGUGGGAAUGCAGUUUGGUCCUGAUGUCACAAAGCGAUUCUGCGAAAAGAAUGGCCUAGAGGCCGUUAUUCGGAGUCACGAGGUCAGGAUGGCCGGUUAUGAAGAGGAGCACGACGGGAAGUGCAUUACCGGUAAGCUGUCGUCAAGCUCCCCUUGACUUUCCGAAAGCCCAUAUUAACACCCCAUGCUUCAGUCUUCUCGGCGCCAAAGUACUGCGACAUGACGGAGAACAGGGGCGCGUACAUCAAUAUCGGGCCUGACUAUAAGCUCAAGUUCACUCAGUUCGAUGCUGUUCCCCACCCCAACAUUCGGCCUAUGGUGAGAAUCCCCAGAGACGCAGGCGUCGCAGCGUGUAAAGCUAACGCUUUCCUAGGCAUACGCUCAUAACUCAUUGAUGUCCUCCCUGAUGUAGCCCAAGCUGUUAGAAUGUAGGAGGCUUGAGAUCAGGCGAGACCGUGU